UUAGAAUGCUAAUUACGCAUUUUCGUUUUGCUAUAUUACAUUGAGACGCCUUCCGGGUACAUAUAUCUACGCAAGCAGUCGCAAGGGACAUACCACCUUGGACAACUAACAGCGAGAUACAAAUCAGUACCCGAUACACAUUACUCCUAAUCCGGAUACGACUUUGAAAACAAAUAAACCUCUGUAUCUAUGGCAGCUGGCAACUAUUCCAUGGAGGUGCGGGAAUUACACAACGAAAUGGUGAACGUAUUAGCUGGAGACCUUGGACCCACCGUGAAGCCGCAAUGGGAUAAAUUACUAGGUCUAUUUUCAAACAGAGCUCCCCUGACAACUUUACAGAUUGCAACAAUAAACAAUAUAGGUGAUCUAGUCCGUGAGCUGAUGACAGCAGAAUAUAUCUGUUUUGAAAAUUACGAGCCAUUUGCAGCAAAACUGGAAAAAGUAAAUAAUCAAAUGGCUCGAGUUGUACGGCAAUACGGAUUGAAGAUAAUGGAAGAGAUUGAAAAAGAUGGCGUAUCGCAACGAUAAGACAGGUAACCAGAUCAACAUGGAUCGUUUGACAUGAAAGAUAUACAUUCUAUAAGGAGAGGAAUUAUUGAUCAGAUAGUAGAAAUUCGUCUUUUGGAAUCGUUGAUGGAAUUCCCCAAGAGCAACUACGGACGGACGAAAUUAAAACAUUUGUUUUAUUAUGUGUUAUAGAUCUAUCUUUAACAAAAUAGAAAUAUUCGAUACCUUUUCAUUUCAUUCUAUGAUAUGUUAAAAAGAUGGCACGUUAAAGAUGAUUUGUUGGUGUCCUAUGUACUUUGAUAUUCAUCGUUCUAUCUUAUGGUUAUAUCCGAUGACGUACAAACAUCUAUUGUGACAUGCUGGUCGACUAGUUUUAAGUGCAAAGUUCAAAUCUAUUUUAAUAUCAACUCGUGGAAGAGUUACCUCAUAUAGGUCAAUUAUCAAUUUACGAACAUCCCUAUUCGAUCUUUAAAAGUUCAAAUCUAUUUUAAUAUCAAUUCGUGGAAGAGUUACCUCAUAUAGGUCAAUUAUCAAUUUACGAACAUCCCUAUUCGAUCUUUAAAUGUUACAAUGAAGCUUCGAGGGACAAUACCAAGAGUUGAGUCACUAAGGUACUGGUUGAUAUAUGAUGUUUUAAUUCCAUCACGACAGGGAAAUACAAUAUCUCUGUCACGUGAUGUUUUUUAACUAAUCUCGGACGAUGUUACAAACAUGAAAUGUGAUAACAUUUAUUUGGAUUCAAUUACACACUGUAUAUCCACAUGUUGAAGACAGGGUUACUGUUUGAAAUUGCAUAUUUUUGAAGCGAACGUUUUCACUCAGAGAUGGAAGACUGUUAUUACACAGCAUCAUUGUUUCUUCAUUGUUAAAUGUCGAUUGUGAUAUACUACUUUUGUAUAUACUUGUAGAGAUUUUGCUAACACAUUUCAUGUUUCAAGACAGAGACAGAAUAUCAAUGUAACAACAUACAUUGCCGUACAGGCAAGAGUUGACAGACCCCAAAACAGUCAAAGAGAAAGAGGGGGGAUAUUACAGGCACUUUCGUACUCUCCACAUACAGUCUAACACAAGGCGUGCAUGUUUGUUUUGGUUUUACGGCCCAUCAACAGCUAGGGUUAUUUAGGGCCAAACAACAUACGGCCCAUCAACAGCUAGGGUUAUUUAGGGCCAAACAACAUACGGCCCAUCAACAGCUAGGGUUAUUUAGGGCCAAACAACAUACGGCCCAUCAACAGCUAGGGUCAUUUAGGGCCAAACAACAUACGGCCCAUCAACAGCUAGGGUCAUUUAGGGCCAAACAACAUACGGCCCAUCAACAGCUAGGGUUAUUUAGGGCCAAACAACAUACGGCCCAUCAACAGCUAGGGUUAUUUAGGGCCAAACAACAUACGGCCCAUCAACAGCUAGGGUCAUUUAGGGCCA